GGGGGUCGACUUUGUAUGAAGACAACGAAGUGGUAGACUUGGCGGGAUAAAACCAGAUCAUAUUCUCGUUUGAAGACAUUGGUCAAAUUGAUUGGAACCACCAUCCUCAACUCCCAGAUUGCUCCAAGGAUCGUGGAUGCUUGUAUCCAUCCGCUCAAUACUAAACAUUUCCGAGCAUUUCCGAACAUACGAGGAACGAAUCCGCAAAACCUUGGGAUCAAGUCAUGUCUCGCCGAAGAAGCCGGAGUCCAUCGCCGGUGCAGUUCUCACGCACCUGUAGCAGUACCGAUCCCCGGGAAAUGGAGCGAAGGAUUUUUGUUGGGAAUUUGCCGACAUCCGACAUGGAUAAGAAGGAUUUGGAAACUCUUUUCAGUCCAUAUGGAAAGAUACUUGGCGUUUCCCUGUUACGUGGAUAUGGAUUUGUACAAUUUGAGCGUGUAGAGGAAGCUGAAGCUGCAAAGCUGGCCCAAAAGGGUCGAAUUUAUAAAGGUUAUAAAAUAGAUGUAAAUAUGGCAGUGGAGCGACGGUCCGCUAAACCUCAUUCCCAGCAGAGCCCUCCACGCAGGCCCUAUGGCGGUUACGGGGACAGCAAGGAUCCCCGACCUCGGUCCCGCUCACCAGUGUUUCCCCGUGAUAACCGAGAUCGCGAUGCACGUGAACCUCGAGAUCGUGAUUCUCGUGACGGGAGGGACCCUGUUAGAGAUUCCGGCCGAGAGCAAAGAACAGGAAGCCAUCCUCGCGACCAUGAGUACCGCUACCGCGGUUCGGAGAACCGAGACAAGGACCUGAGAGGCGGGCCGAGAGAUCCCGGCUACAACAGAGAGGAAUAUGACCGUUACUACCGUGGUGGAAAUCCCGCAGAUGACUACUUUGCCAGAAGGAAGGAUGACCCAUACAGGGACCAGUACAAAGACCCAUGGAAUGGGAGGCGUGAGGCUGAAGAAGACCGUGCCCGUCUCGAGGAGCGGCGGCGUAAUGAGCUCUAUCGACAGUACUAUGAAGAACUGCAGCGCCGCCACGACACCGAACGCCCUGUUGACUGCUCUGUGAUCGUCGUCAACAAGGCACAGAACAGGGAGUAUGCUGAGACGGUCGGGCGCAAAGUCCAUGACUUGGGCAUGGUAGUGGACCUGAUCUUCCUCAACACCGAGGUGUCCCUGACUCAGGCGCUGGAGGAUGUGGGCCGCGCUCGCACUCCGUUUGCCAUCAUCAUUACCCAGCAGCAUCAGGUGCACCGAUCCUGCACGGUCAACAUCCUGUUUGGCACGCCUCAAGAGCACCGGAACAUGCCGAUGCAGGACGCCAUGAUGCUGAUCGGCCACAAUUAUGACGCCUACAAGAUGGAAACCCGCGAGAAGGAUCGCGAGGAGAUCGCCCGCAAGGCUGCCAAAAUGGCCGACGAUGUGCUGCUCCGUGAGCCCGACCGCGAGAGCCACCCCGUCUCCGUGCUAACAUCCAUCACGCUGCUCACAGAGAACAGGUUUUUGACGCCUGAGGAACUGGAUGGUCUGAUUGUGUACCUCACUGACAAACGGGCGCGGCUGACACGAAAUCCAGCGGACCUUCACACAGCUGUGGCUCUUUCCGCCACUGCUGAGGUUCAACCCUCGGCCACAGGGCUGCCUGUGGUGAGUGCGAUGGGUGUGGCACCGGCGGCGGUAUUAGCUCCUGGGUUUUCUGCCCGCCCGGUGCCACAACCGGCCGGACACAUGGCACCACACUCUGGCCUCAUAGCGCCCCAGCCUGGCCUCAUGGCACCACAGCAGUCUGGCCACAUGGCGGUUCAGUCCAACCCCAUGGCGGUUCAGUCCAACCCCAUGGCAGUUCAGUCCAACCCUAUGACGGUUCAAUCCAAUCCCAUGGCUGUUCAGACCAACCCCAUGGCCGUGCAGUCCAGCCCCAUGGCGGCGCAAUCGGGCCACAUGGCACCACUGUCGACUCCUCUCAGCAACCCCAACCAGGAGCUCCAGGCCAAGAUCCUCAGUCUUUUCAAAAACAACUCAAGCUUGCAGGGAAGCGCUUCAGGCUCCUCCUCUACUACCGCCGUCCAGUCCCAGGACUACAGUUCGGUGCGCCCCGGUGGGGCGGCGGCUCAGGGCUACGGCGCCCCCAUGGGGCGCAACGCCUCUGCCGCCGCCUCUGCAGGUGGUCUGAGAGCCGCCAACUCUACCGGUGGUAUCAAUUUUGAUAACCCGAGUGUCCAGAAAGCUCUGGACACUCUCAUCCAGAGUGGACCGGCUCUCAACCACCUGAUGAACUCCGGCGCCCUGCCAACUCAACAACAGCAGCAGCAGCCACAACAACAACAGCAGCAGCCACAACAACAACAAAUGCAACACCAGUCCCAAUUGCACCUCCAACAACAACAACAACAACAACAGCAGCAGCGACCAGCAGCCAACAUGGGCCAGAUGACACAAAUGUACCCUCGACAUUACUGAGUAAUAGGAAACGUUAUAGACAUGUUUUGUAAAUGAUUUUAACCUUUUGUUGUUGUUUUUUUUUCUUUUUUACAACUUUGUGAAAAUUUACAUCCCAUGCUUGUGAGGUCAAUGUUCUGUUGGUUUUAGGACAAUUCUGCGGUCUUCUCCCAGCAUGUGAAUGUUUCAGUUCAAAGACUGCUCUUUCUCCUUUUUAUGUAUUCAUUCAAAAAAUGUCACCACACAACUGCUGUAAUAAAAUGGUAUUGGUUUAUUGCAUUUUGUGCUGACAAAUCUAUAAAAUAGAAUGAGUAUCAUAGCCAGAAGCCAUAGAGAGAGAAGCAUUUGAAAUGUAAGAUAAAACUACUCUUUCCUCUUUGUUUUUUUAAAUGUACCAUGAAACACAAUAGAGAUUACAUGUUGACUUUUUUCCAAUUUUUUCAAACCUUUGAAUAUUUAACUUGCACUAACACAGAAAAUAAACAUUUCCACACUCACUGUAUUUAAUUUAUUUACAUGUAGCCCAACCUCUCACCCCCACCAGCCCCCUCCACCCCAGCACAUGUGCAAAACACACCUCACCCCACGAAACCGAAAGGAACAGUACAGCUUUACCACACAAUGACCGGUUCUCAAUGGCAAAAGUCUUUCGUCGCAGUGACUUGUGUGUUUGCCAAUACAUAAUAACCUGCACUACAUUUCAGGCAUCCAUAUAGUGUUUCCCACAACUCCAGUGAAUUAAAAACAAGGUCGGCAUUAUUGGCAUGUACCAAAGCUGCCAACAAAUAUAAAAAACAAUAUUCAGAAAGUUAGCAUUAAUGCUCUUUGCAUUUUUUUUUACCCAUAUGGCAAAGCUGAGUGAUAUUAAGCUUAGCAUACCUUUGAGCUUUUAGUGUUAACAAAAUGUUGAUCCUAUCUCGAUCAGUGGGGUCAUCUCAAUAAAUUGAUAAAUUUCAGUAGUUCUAUUCAAAAGUCAAAUGACGUCAGAGAAAUAUCUACGCACUUUGUAUUCUUAAAUAAUUGUUACAGCUUGGAGCUUCUCAAGAAAUGACCUACGUUUUGGAAAUAAAACAUUUUGUAGAGAAAGAAAACAGGGAUUGGCUGUUUGAAACCUAUUUAAAUGAAUGAUCUAGCAUCCGAGUUUAACUUCUUGAAAUGAGUUUCUGAAAAUAUCUCCACACGAUUCUCAACUGUUCAAAUCAUAAAAGUGGCUUUUCAAGCUACUUUGGCUCUUUAUUCAACUUUUGGUUGCAUUUUUUUUCACCCCCAAAAAUAUUUGCAUCUAAUUCACUGGAGCACAUAUUUGCACAAUGUCAUGUUUUAUAUGUAUAUACAGGUAUAUAUUUAUAUGAAUGUAUACAUAGUUAACAAAUAUACUUUGGUAGUUAUUUUCUCCAGACAAUACAUGAAAAAUAGAAUCUUGUACUCUACUAUAGUAAUAUUCGUCAUUUGGAAACACUUCUAAAAGAAUAGCGAGGGGACGUGGGAAAUACAUAGUCGUCGUGUGACCGGAAAAUGGAAAAAAAAACACUCGAGAGCAUUAAUACUCAAAUAUAUUAUUGUCAUGUUCAUACAUGCAUGCACACAAUGUUUACACUGUGACUGGAGAGCGGCUUUGCUCGCAGCACUUGGGCAGCUGCAAUUUAUUCUUUUUUUUUUUUUUUUGUAAUGUACUUUAGUGAUGAGAUUGGGGGUGACCUCCUUGCCACAAUGUGUGUUGUUUUUGUGGUGUUUUUCUCCUCUACCUGCUCACUCAUAUUUAAUCAGAGCCCUUGACAUCCAUUUAAGGACGGAGACUUGAGGAAUGAUCACCGGCAGCCUUUUUGUCUCAUGCUACAGUUUGUUGCUUGGGGUGGAAUCGUGGGAGAUGUCGGGCAGGGCAGGGUAUGUAUGUGUGUGUGUGUGUGUGUGAGUGUAGAAGCUGGUUCCCAAAUGAACUGUUGUUUUGGUGGUGUCCAAGCAGAGCCGCUCCCAGUGUUGGAAGCGCGAGUUUUGUAUUCUUUGAUCACUUUUGGGAAUGAUACUGCAGUCACAUUUAAAAUACAGAGCUGGACAGGAUGAGGAGCAGAAGGAAGAGGAGGGAGGCAGGAGUAGGAUGAAGGGCUUUGUGGGAUGAUUGAUGAGCAUUUUUGAGCACGACAAGCUCAAUAAGUUAGGAAAUCUUGUAUUUUGGCAUGAAAGAGAGAAAAAUGGCCAGAACAUGCAAGAUUUUUUCAAACUAACUCAAAAUAAAUUUGCCAAAAUGAGCAGGUAGUACAAGCAGCUUGGUACCAAGCAGUUUUUGUGGGGGAUGGUGUAGGAUGAACGGCGGCUGAUGGCGAGACAGUCCAAUUAAAAACAUUUUAAUCACCACAUCGUGUUUUUAUUCUCCAAAAGUAAAGAAAUGUAUUUGUCACUUAACAAACAAAAUAAUUGUUUGGGGACACGUGCUUUUGAUUGGACAACAACGACAUGCAUCGCAAACUGAGAAAACAUAUCCAAAAUGAACUAAAAACACAUUUCAUGAGUUUUAUCCAAAAUGUUGACAAAAAUAAUUUUCCUGAUUAAAUGUGGAGAUGCAUGCUUUUCUUCGGACAGUAACACUCUCAGGCAGGAUGUCCAAAGUCAGUCCUCAAGGGCCGAUGUCCUACCUGCUUUCCAGCUCUCUUAGGAGCAAUACACCUGAUUCAAAUAAUCAGGGUCGUUCUAAUGCCGCUUCAGAGCUGGCUGAUGAGCUGAUCACCUGAAUCAGGUGUGUUGCAAGGCAUAGGCAGGACAGCGGCACUCCAGGCCCGGAGCUGGACAUGCCUGCUCUAAGGUGUCAAGGCAAUGGCGUUUUGUCCAAUCAAAAGGAUUUAUGUUGCAUGUUCCCCAUAACGCCACCCCCCAGAAAUGUUGGUGCUUUUGUGUUUUAGCUCAUAAAAGUGAAGAUACAGCACAUACAAUUUUCCAAAUGAAAAGCACAGAAUGCACUCAAAAUACAGUUUUUUUUAAAAUCCCAAACACAACAACAAAGUAUUUGAUCAAAAGACAAAACAGGUUUCCCAAUGAAAAGCUUGUUUAACCAAAGUUUGUUCUAAAAUUUUUACCCAACACCCCCCAAAGCAAGUCUUGCUUUCUGGAUACAAAACUCCAAAUUUGGAGUCCGAGAGAUAGAAAAAGACAAUAUUUGGACAUAUCAUCUUACCUCAAAAAUGAUGUUUUUUUUAAAAAAGAUUUUUAUCUGAAGACCCAACAAAGAAAGCAAUUUUCUCUUUUGAGGGAGAGAAGACAUUUGGAGAUGCAUGCUUUUCAUUGGUCAGCAAAAAGAAAUGGUUUGACAGAUGAACAUUUGCUGUAUAUAUUUUUUCAACCUUAACUAAACUGAAAAAUAUUAUUUUGCAUUUUAAUAAGAAAACAAAAGAUGCUUUUUGCUGGACAGCGGCGUUCACAUCUGCACUGCACUCUGGCACCACGAAAGGUGAUGACAGUGCCCAAGGUGAGCGCUUUGGAUGCGGCUGACUGACAAUUUGGACGAAAAUAAGCAAACGCAGUAGAGCUUGGAUAGAAAUAAAAA